GUCAUUUGACUUACAGAAAUAUGAAAACACACAGUACAUUAUAACAUCCGCUGAAAAAAGCACGCUCGGUAUCUAAUCAAAAGCUAUAAAAGCAAAAGAUACCCCAUUCCCUUUGACAACAGGCCUCAUAGGUCACUGCUUUUUCAUCUGCAAAGAGGAGAAAUGCCGGUGAAAGAAAGCCGAAAUCUUCAGUCUGGAGGAAAUGUUCUUGGACAACGUUGACAGAGAUUCCAAAUGCUGGAAGCAGGGUUAGCCGCAGAGACAGGAGUACGUCAACGACCUCAAGCAAGGAACGCACACGUACCCCACCCGCCCUCGCGAUCAAUACCGCGAAGAAAAGAGCAAACGCCAGCAACACGAUAAGAUGCAGACCGAAAGAGCACGCAGAAUCAGAUGCCGGAAAUGAUUCAAUGCCUCACGAAACCAGUUUUCCGGUCACCCCUGCCGAUCGUCCGGUGAAUCCCAUCCGUAGUUAUAAAUGCGAGAGCUCGCCAUUGCAAAUCGCAACGCAUCUGUGUAACCACUAACCAGCCAAUAUCACCGAUCGUGCUCUCCAUCAUCUUCUGACAGGAGGGAUUACGUCCAUCGCCGGCGUUCAGGCAGCAUGGCCGACGACCAGCAGCCGCCGGCGCAGCGGUACUGGUUCCCGUACUGGACCGCGCCCCCGCAGCCGCCGCCGCCUGCACCCGCUCCUCGGCCGGCGGUCCGCCCGCAGCUGUCGAGGCGGGACACUCGCCCGGCGCCGCCGCCGGCGUCGCCUCCCGUAACGCCAUCCCCGUCGCGGCGGCAGCCGCACCCUCAGCCGGCAACGACGCCGCCAUCCAGAGGCGCUGGUGCCGCCCCUUCUCUGCCGGCUCAUCCACAGCCGACGCGGCUGUCGAGCAGGCCGUCCCCGUCGCCGGCCCGCGCGCCGCCGCUCUCGCCGAUCAGAGAGCCCAACGCUAGAGCAGCAGCUCCAGCGCCGGCUCCUGUACCUGUUGCCAAGGAGCCCAAGCCAGCUGCCACUCCUCAUCCUAUUGCCCAUGAAGUUCCUAAGCAAAAAGACAUUAUCAUCCCGCAGGAGAAAAUCAUCCGUGAACCGCCUGCAGACUCCAAGACACACAGCAAGGCCGUAGAGAAAGAAAAAGGCAAGGAGGGAGAGAAGGAGAAGGGAAAAGAUAAAGAGAAGGAGAAGGAGAAAGAUAAAGAGACGAAGGAAAAGGAGAAGGAAAAAGAAAAAGAGAAGGACAAGAAGGAGAAGGAGCACAAUGAGAAGGAAAAAGAGAAGGAGAAGAAGCACAAAGGCAAAGAGGUAGCCGGCGAGCACGGCAGCAAGCUACACAAGGAGCUCAAGGAGGGCGUCGCGGACAUGGUGCACAAGCUCAGCGCCUCGGCACCGUCGUCCGGCGGCGGCCACGGGCGCCCUGCCUCGGCCGCGGCAGGGACGACCGUCAUCACGCUGGCCGGCGAGAACAAGGGCGCGUCCAUGAAAAUAGACGGCGCCGCCGUGGCCGACGGCAAGGCGGACUCGGCGGCCGGGAAGGAGCGCCGCGGCCAGAAGCUCGACGGCAGCGUCGCUGGCGGGAAGGAGCAGGGCGGGAGCAGGGGGCUGACGGCGUUCGUGAACAGCAACGUGCAGGUGAUCAACAACUCGCUGCUGCUGCAGAGCUCCUGCAACGGCGGCGACCCGGGGGUGCACCUCAAGCUGUACACCAAGGCCAAGAAGAAGGGGGACGGCGGCGACGAAGCCGGAGGCAAGAGUGGCUCUGCCUCUGCUGCUGCGCGAAAGAAAUGAUCUGAGCUUCCAGUUUGCCCAUGGCUAUCACUGAUCAACUUGGGAAAUCAACCAUUGGCGUGCAUUCAAACAGAGUGCUCGAGCCUGCUCAGUGCCCAUCGUUAUGUAUGAUGUAUGCAUGUACAUGGAUCUGAGUUCGUAAUAACAAGUGCUGAAUGGUGCGUAACUAGUACUAAGUAAGCAGAUUUAAGUCAGAAAAGCCUAAGCAAAAGAACAAUUAUUUACAAA